AUGGAUAGCCUCAAACAAAGCAAAAAAAAAAGUGACAAACGAGUCCCGUCGCUCUGGACGCGUUUGCAGUUGGGUUACAUUGCUAGAUCGAUUAGAGGUUGCCCUCCCAGACUCCUGCCAGGAAGGAUGCGCCACCGUCGGCCUCACAUCAUUUCCCUCGACAAGGGGUCGGACAUUGGCAGUUUGCGCGAUGACAAGGCAUCCCCAGAUCCCUCGGAGGCUGGAUUAUCGAGGGCGUGCCGUCACGGCAGAGCAGAGAGUCAGAACGAGGCUACGGGCAGAGCAUGGGACAUUUCGGAACUCUUCAAUGCCCAAUCAAACAUGGGCAAUCAGAUUUUGCCCAGGGAAUUCCCCAUCCGUGCACCUACAAUCAGAGCACAAACCGUAGUAGGUACUACUGGAGGUAAGGGUGUAGUAUCUGUUUGGGAGCGCCACACUGCACUGCGCCAUCGUCAUACACAUUUGACAUCCCCUGGAUUUCCACGUGGAGGACCCGAGAGGCCCCUGUUAAACUUGUGGCUUGAUAAGCCCGCUCAAGCUGAAAAGGCACCGUGUUGUCAAAGCAAAGUCCGUACCUCGAAAUCGGGCCCCAAAGUCUACGGGUGGCGCACCUCUAUUGAGUUCUGUGGCUGGCGGCUGAACUUCUAG